AUGCUGGCCAUAGGAUUGUGGUUGUUGGCGGCGCUGCCUUUGCUUGCCUUGCUGAAGAUCAUCUACAAUGUUCUCCUACACCCCCUGAGACACCAUCCGGGCCCAAAACUCUGGGCAUCGACGAGAAUUCCUUGGUGCUGGAACCAAUACCAAGGGAAGCUGAACCAUCGACUGGUGGAACUUCAUCAUCAAUAUGGCCCAGCAGUUCGAGUGGCACCAGACGAGGUAUCGUACACUUCUGACACGGCUUGGAAGACGAUAUAUGGCCAUCGAAGUGUUGAAAUGACCAAAGACCCUAUCUUCUCCCUUGUCACGCCGACUGGAGUACCCAACAUCGUGACGGCGGAUCGUGUGAAUCAUUCUAGACAUCGACGUCUCCUUUCCCACGCAUUUUCUGAAAAAGCUCUCCGUGAGCAAGAAGACAUUCUUGUCCAAUAUUGUACCAAGUUACUUGAUCAGCUACAAGCACGUUGCUCGGAUGGCCCCUUGGACUUGGCGAAAUGGUUUCCCCUGACGACAUUUGAUCUAAUCGGAUCUCUUGCCUUUGGCCAAGACUUUUCUUGCAUCGACACUGGAGAACCUCAUCCCUUUGUGGCAUGCAUCAAGGGCGUAUCUAGAGAGUUGGUCAUGAGCCAGAUGGCCCAAUACUAUGGCUUCGGCUCUCUAAGAUACUUCCUUUUCUUACGGGGCUCGGCAAACUCACGAGGCCCAACCGACGACCGCAAAGACUUUUGGCACCAUGUGCUGGCUGCCGAGGAUCAAGGAAAAGGCUUGACACCUGAUGAGAUGGUGGUAGAUGCUUUUAGCAUCGCCAUAGCUGGAUCGGAUGGCACUGCCACAGCCUUAGCAGGCACCACUUACCUCCUGUUGACACAUCGAGAUGUCUAUCAACAGCUUCAGGGUUUCAUCAGACAGGAGUUUGAAGCAGAGGAAGACAUUACCACUUUGGCGCUUUCGAAUGAAAGAGUACCACUCCUGGGUGCAGUCAUUCAAGAGUCCAUACGACUAUUCCCACCAGUUGCGGCUACCCUACCGAGGGUCGUACCCCCUAGUGGAGAAACCAUUGACGGCCUCUUCGUACCCGAAGGCACCAUCGUCGGCGUCAACCAGCUCGCUGCCUACCACUCUGAAAAGAACUUUAACCAAGCUUCAGAGUUUCUACCAGAGCGAUGGCUUAGCGAACAAGGAGACUGCAGAGCAGUUUUUCAGCCUUUCUCGUUUGGCCCAAGGAAUUGUCUUGGCAAGAACUUGGCCAAGGCAGAGUUGAGGUUGAUUCUUGCGAGGAUGCUGUGGAGGUUUGAUAUGGAGCUCCUUCCAGAGUCUCAAGGGUGGAUGGAUGGGCAGAAGAUUUACGGGUUCUGGAUAAAACCCCCGUUGAUGGUCAAGCUCUCGCCUAGGGCAAAUUGA